AUGGCUACCAACGAAGGCAGUUCAGGCCCUCCCGCCGCCCAUCGGUUCGACCCAACCCUCACCUCCAAGGUUGUCGAGACCAUGGGUCCUAAGACAACUCCAAGGAAUCGUGAACUCCUCGGAGCCCUGAUCCGCCACAUCCACGACUUUGCUCGCGAGACUGAGCUCACCAUCGACGAGUGGAUGUCUGGUGUCCACUACAUCAACGCUGUUGGUGCCAUCUACAAGGAGUCUAAUGGUAAAAGAAACGAGGCCCACCGGCUGUCUGAUAUCCUCGGCCUUGAGACACUCGUAGACGAGAUCGCCCACAAGGUCGUCUCUGAAACAGGCGCCGACCCAACCUCGUCCUCGAUCCUGGGCCCCUUCUGGUCCCCCGACGCCCCCUUCCGCGACCUAGGCGGCAGUAUCAUCGUCGACCCCGCGCCCCCAGGCGCCAAAAUCACCCUGAUGCACGGCACCAUCGCCGACCUCGACGGAAAAGGAAUCUCCGGUGCCGUCUUCGACAUCUGGCAGGCCAGCGCCAACGGCAAGUAUGAUUUCCAGGACCCGGAGAAUCAGUCUCCCAACAACCUCCGGGGUAAAUUCCGCGCCGACGACCAGGGGCGGUACUGGUUCUACUGCCUUCACCCUACCGCCUAUAGCCUGCCUCAGGAUGGUCCCUCCUUCCAGCUGCUGCAGCUUAUGGACCGCCACCCUAUGAGGCCGGCUCAUAUCCAUAUUAUGGUUACGCAUCCUGACUACAACGGUUGCACCACCCAGCUGUACCCCCGCGAUGAUCAGUGGCUGACCACCGACACCGUCUUCGCUGUAAAAGAUGACCUUAUUUUGGAUUUCCAUCCUUCCAAGAAUGACCCCAAGGCCGAGUUGGAUCUUGAGUACAACGUGACACUCUCACCCAAGGGCUAUCAGGGCAAGAAUUUUGACCACUGA